CAUCAGGCAUCUUUAGAUUACGGCCAUCUGACAGCGCUACUGCAGGGAGCUGACAGGAGCCUCUCCCGCUCAACAAUUUUCGACGUAAUAUUUUUUCUGUAAAUAAAGUUUCUUGGUUUAAUUACGUUUCCUCAAGACGCAUGUGAAGGCGCGGUUAAAUGCAGUUCACUGACUGAGGGGAUUGUCCUCUAAAAAGAUCUCACAGAAGACUGACGCUUAAUUAGUCCUCACCAUGGCGACAGUUGUGAUGGAGCAGAUUGGGAGGCUGUUCAUCAACGCACAGCAGCUUCGCCAGAUCCCCCGUUUCCUGGAGUCAGCCUUCCCUAAACUGCCUUGUACUGUGAUGGUGAGCGAUGUGCCGUGGGUUUUCCGUGAGUCACACAUAGUCACGGGCUACAGGCCGCCUGACCAGAACUGGCGCUACUACUUCCUCACUCUGUUCCAGAGGCAUAAUGAAUCUGUAAAUGUGUGGACACACCUGCUGGCCUCCCUCAUUAUUUUAGUCAAGUUUCAGGAGCUGUCUGAAACUGUGGACUUCCUGCGGGACCCACACGCCCAGCCGCUGUUCAUCCUGCUCCUAGCCGCGUUCACCUACCUGGGCUGCAGCGCGCUUGCCCACUUGCUCUCGGCCAAGUCUGAGCUUUCCCACUACACCUUUUAUUUUUUGGACUACGUUGGCGUAGCCGUAUACCAGUAUGGCAGCGCCCUGGCCCACUUCUAUUACGUCAUUGCAGAAGAAUGGCACGCUCAAGUGCGAAGCUUUUUCUUGCCAGCCGCGGCCUUCCUGGCCUGGCUGUCCUGUACGGGCUGCUGCUACGGCAAGUACGCCAGCCCAAACUUGCCCAAAUUCAUUCACAAGCUAUUCCAAGUGGUUCCCUCGGGCCUGGCCUACUGUUUAGACAUCAGCCCAGUGUUCCAUCGCAUCUAUAAAUGCUACAGCUCUGAACAAGUCUGUGCCGACCAGGCGGUGGUGUACCACUGCUACCAGGUUCUCUUCUUUUUGAUCAGCGCCUACUUCUUCUCAUACCCCCAUCCUGAGCGCUGGUUCCCAGGACGUUGUGACUUCAUCGGGCAGGGCCAUCAGAUCUUCCACGUGUUCCUUGUGCUCUGCACUCUAGUGCAGAUUGAAGCAGUGCGACUGGAUUUCAGCGAGAGGAGAUCUUUCUACGAAAGUCUCCAUGGAGACUUGGCUCAUGAUGCAGUGGCUCUUUUUAUAUUCACAGCGUGUUGCAGCGCUCUCACUGCAUUCUAUGUGCGCAAACGGGUGAAGAUGUAUCUAGAAGAGAAGCAGGAAUAGAUAUCAUGGCAGGGACACUUGGCUUGCACAUGUAGGAAGGAUUGAACUGGUCUACAACAACUGAAGCAACUAACAAUGAAGGUCCUUCUUGUUAUCUUUUCAGUGUAUGUUAUAUGUGUCGUUAAUGGUUUUAUGUGGCCUGGUAAUGCAUUUUGAACCAACCGCUUUCAGUUCACCAAACUAGUGAUAUGCUUUAAAACCACAUUACAUUUGAAGAAUGGAUUGCCCACUGAAAGGUGCUGAUUUGUUUGACGAGUGCCAUUACAACCUAUUAAACCUGGUUUACAUGAGGUCUGUAAAGGGAUGUCAGCAUUUUUGCUGACAGGUUAGUUUGCAUACAGGAUAGUUUAGGUAGACUGGAUCACUGGAAAUGUUCAUACUUGCAUUGUGCCUCUAAAUCCAACUUCAUUUUGGUGCCAUGUGCUGCUCUUAACUAUGUUACGCACAUGGUAUUUAUGCAUUUGCCAGACAUAUAUUGCAUUCAAUAUAUGUAGUAAAUCUAAAUAGACUUUUUUCCUUUGUUCCCUGGGAAUCAAACCCAUGACCUUGGGGUUGCUAGCACCAUGUGCUACGGUUUGAAUUACAGGAAUGCACACAGUAAGUAAAAUGUCAGUAAAUAAAGUUCCCAUGCGAUUAGACCAGUGCAAUUAGCAAAAUGUGGAGCUCAGAUGAACUCACAGGUUAAAUUCACAGGUCUUUUAAAAUGAUGACUGAAAUAUUGCAAACUUAAUAAGGAAUACCUUACUGAGAGGUAACUGAUUAAUAUAUAUAUGAUUAUUAAUAUAUAUAUAUAUUAAAUUAAUCAUAUCAAAUUUUCCACUUUGCAGUGCUUUUUAGACUCCAAUUUUCUGUGUUGGCUACUAUUAUCUCAGUAAACCAGUGCAAAUUAGUGUCAAACUGACUUCUGACUUGCCUUACAGAGUGUCCGACCCAUCCAGUGCCACGUUGAGGUUAGUUUAUAAUUACCUGCGAAUUGCAAUCCAUUGGUUUUGCACUGCCAGUGCACACUUCCCUAAUGUAUAACCUGUGAAGAGGCCUGAAAUACUGGAUGUUGUGGAAAGGACAGUAGGAUGUGAUGUCACUGGAUUGCAGUAUCAGAUCGAUACUGAUUUCAGAUGCAGCCCUGGCUGAUUAAUACUUUAAAACAAAAAGGAAAACGCUGCGUGUUCUGCUCAUCUUUAUGCUUCAAAUUUAUUAGAAAGUCAACACUCUUUGUUUGGAAAAUUUUAAAAGGUCAGUUCAUUCAAAAAUGAAAACCCAUCAUUUAGUUUCUUUCUUGUUGUUCCAAAUCUCAAUGAUAUUUUGAAGAAUGCUUCAACUGUUGCCCAUACUAUGAAAGUCACUGGGGUUCAAAAAUAUCUUUUGAUUCCUUCAUUUAAAUUUAAUCAAAAAUAUAUUUUUAUAAAUAAUGGCAGAAUAUUCAUUUUUGGGUGAACUAUCCCAGCCAAAGUGGCUUUUGAGAAACUGAUGAAUUAUGUCCAUUACAGCUAUGAUGUCUCCCGUUUGUCAUGAAAAUGUUCCUUUUGUACACAAGGGCUAUAACUAUGGCCUUUACCUUUACUCAUGCCCUGAUAUGAAUGCCUUUGUGUGUUCUGUGCAUAUGUGGAUUUUUCUAUUCGAAGUUCAGCACUUUAUUUACAAGAAGAGUCUGAGCAUCAAAACUAAUCUGUGUUAAAUGUAUAUUCUAAUGUGCCUGACUACAUGCAUGCGUCCUUGAGUGAGUAUGCAUACAGGUGCUUGUCGUGAGUGUGUGUGCAUUUUUGAAUGUUUAUGUAUACCUGUGUGAGAUGGCUACUGAAGAGAAAGGACCUGUCUGACCUUUUAAUGACCAUGAAAUGCAUCUAGCUGUUGUAUCAUGAAUUGUGCAGCUCCCCUUGUCUUAGCCCUUGUUCAUAAACCAACACAGAUCCAUCAGAUAGAAGGUAGAAGGAUGAUCUAUUUUCCCAUUGAAGUGAUUCAUAUUCCCUUGAGAUGAAUAUUGUGUCACUAGGCUGUUGCUGCAUUAACCAGGAAAGGUUCUGUGCAAUGUAGCGUAAAAGCUGGUUUAUGAUCCGGUCCCAGUAAAAGAAGUAGCGUUUGUGAAGUAGCAAAAACGCAAAGUCAUGAUAAAUGGUGACCAGCAUUUAUUUUUGCAAAGAGGAACAUGUGGAGAACAAAAAGGGGCCAUUCACACAGAAUGCAUUUCUGCAUUUGAAAAUGCUAGACACGAGGUAAUUGAAUGAAAAAAAAGAGAUAGGUUUAGAGAUGCUUUUUUUUUUUUAAAAAAAGCAUAACUUAUUUUAGCACUGUGUUUUUAAAAUGCUGUGUUGAGCUUAACACUACAGAAGACUCAAGAAAGAUAAUCUUCUUUUAGCUUAAGCACUGCAUUUUUAGAAAGUUAGUUCAUGUACGAUGUUGCAGAAGAUGCGAGAUGCAAGCAGAACGGUCAAAGACACGCAUCUGUCACAUCUUUAUAAAAGAAAACCAAUGAAAAGCAAUACAGUGGAAUACAGAAUACAAAGAGAGCAAGGUGUUGAGAUUUUUAAAUUGCACUUAACAUGACACAGCCUUUUAAAAACAUGGUGCUCAUGCACGAGACACUGCAGAAGACACAAAUGCAGCGCAUGUUUACAUAGCACAAUAAUGUACAAGUGUAUUUUUGCAUUUGAAAAUACAAGACGCAGGGCAAGGUCUGUGGCAUUUUUUAAAAGUUGAAUUUCUUUUAACUUGAGCGCUGUAUAAUUAGAAUGCUGUGUCAUGUGUGAGAUGCUGAUAAAGACGUGAGAUGUAGUGCAUAUUUACAAAGAAAAACAAUGGAAAAGCUGCACAGUUGUAUGUAAAAAUGUGUUCUAUGUGAAUGGCCCUUUAGUGUAACAGCACCAGCAGACAACAAUGAUGUCACAGACUGAUGAUGUCAUCAAAGACUGGAACUUAUGACUGGCAUGUUGUCAGUUGGCUCAUAAUGAUGAUUUACAAGGCAAAUAUCUCAGAAAAUGAUCGCAUGGUGGGUGCUUUAUUUAAUGAAAGACCAUAAUUAUAGGAAAUUGUUUUAUAAUAUUAAUUACAUACUGUAGAUAUUAAAUGUAAACUGUUAACAGAUAUGUUGUAUUUACUGCUGUACCACUGUUUAAGAAAUUAACAUACCAUUUGAAAUCACAUAGUAGAGUGAACAGGGAGCCUCCAAGAGAUGAUGUCACUGAGAAAGACAAUAGAUGAGGUCAUUUCCUGGCAUCACCGGGAUUUGACCUAAAGCACCAGUUCCCAUGAUGCUCAAGUGGAAUUAUACGGAACUCUCUAAAUGAUUUCUGCUAAACUGCGAAGUGUCUCUUUUUUAAACUGUACUAAUCUACUCACCACUUACAGAAUCUCAAAAGACUUUUCUAUCUGAAACAUGACCAUGUUUAGAGUUUGUUUUAACGAUUGUUUUUGUUUUUGUAUUGCACUUAUGUAAAGAGGAAGAACUGUUCAGAAAGUUACUUUAGAACCUCUUGAAUUUCUUUCAUCACUUGGACUCUUUUUUUUUUUUUUUGCACGGAGCUGAACUAACACUCAUGUUCUGCUACAGUGCAGAACAGGAACAAUAAAGACUGGUGAUAACCUACCUAUAAUGUUGUGUGUGGAAAUGCCUGUGUUGAUGUACUGUUGUAUUUAAGUGAAUAAACAACUGUAAGUCCCACCUUCCACUUAA